AAGCAAGGCCAUGGGGAGAUGUAUGGGCCAUGGGGCCUCCUCACCUCAGCACCGGGGAUGGAGGCAGGGAGGCCUCUAGAUUGGAGCUGCAGUCGGCUGCGCUGCUGAUCAGUCCAUCGACGUCACCAUCGACUUACCUCCAGCAGUCUCCGGACGCGACGGGUACAAAUUUGGGUCCUCGGCAUCGCGGACAGCCGCCACUUGAUUUCGCUUCCCCUUCACUGCCGCGGCCGCUUCGGUGAAAGAGAGGCGCGGAAGAAUGGCAGUUCACCAGAUCCUGAAGAGUUCUUUGAUCAGUUCGUCGACGCCGAUUUCCCGCCGGCGUUGCUUUCCGUGAUCCACUUCCCUGGUGCUUUGCUUCCGGUGGCCGACGGGAAGAAGAAAUGAAAAGAAAUGCGGUAUUGGUUGCGUGUUUUUUGGCCAUCAUCUUAAUAAAAGUGGAGUGUCAGAACUUGGAGGGGCAAGAAAGAGAUAGGAUAUUCGAGUUGCCUGGACAACCACAAGGUGUUGGCUUCUCUCAGUUCUCCGGUUAUGUUACUGUUAAUGAAGAGGCGGGAAGGGCACUCUUUUACUGGCUUACUGAGUCCCCUACUUAUUCAAGCUCAAGGCCGCUUGUGCUAUGGCUGAACGGAGGGCCGGGAUGUUCUUCAAUCGCCUAUGGAGCUGCGGAAGAGUUGGGGCCUUUUCAUAUUCACCCUGAUGGGAGAACACUCUUCUUGAAUAAAUACGCAUGGAACAACUUGGCAAAUAUGCUGUUCUUGGAGUCGCCAGCAGGCGUGGGCUUCUCUUACACAAAUACUUCAUCAAAUCUAUACGACACCGGAGACCAAAGAACAGCUGAAGAUGCAUAUGUGUUUCUUAUUAACUGGUUGGAAAGAUUUCCUCAAUACAAACACAGGGACUUCUAUAUUUCCGGUGAAAGUUAUGCAGGGCAUUAUGUUCCACAGUUAGCUCACCUCGUAUUCAAAAGGAAUCAGGGUGUGCAGAAUCCUGUUAUCAACCUCAAAGGUUUCAUGGUAGGAAAUGCUGUUACAGAUGACUACCAUGAUUACGUGGGCACUUUUGAGUACUGGUGGAAUCAUGGUUUGAUUUCAGAUUCCACAUAUCAUUACCUUAGAGCAGCUUGCCUCUUCGACUCUUCUCAACACCCUUCGGUCGAAUGCAAUAAAGCUAUGGACCUUGCUGACAAAGAGGAAGGAAAUAUUGACGCCUAUAGUAUUUUUACCCCUUCCUGCAAUAAAACAGGGUCUCGCCGGAAAUCACUUAAGGCCCACUACCCAUGGUUGUCUAGAGCAUAUGAUCCUUGCACAGAGCGAUAUUCCAAGAUAUACUUCAAUAGUCCAGAUGUACAGAAGGCAAUGCAUGCCAAUAUAACCGGAAUUCCCUACCCUUGGACAUCAUGCAGUGAUACUCUUACUGGCUCCUGGCAGGACUCCCCUAAAUCAAUGCUUCCUAUAUAUCAGGAGCUUCUAGCAGGUGGCCUCCGGAUAUGGGUUUUCAGUGGAGAUGCAGAUGCAGUUGUUCCCGUGACUGCAACCAGAUAUUCAAUAGAUGCUUUGAAGCUUCCAACUGUCACCAACUGGUACCCUUGGUAUGACAAUGGGAAGGUCGGUGGUUGGAGUCAGGUGUACAAGGGCUUGACCUUCGUAACUAUCAGAGGUGCUGGGCACGAGGUUCCACUUCAUCGCCCUCGGCAAGCUUAUAUCUUAUUCAGAUCCUUCUUGCAUAAUCAACCUAUGCCAAGUUGAUAUACUAGAGAUAUAUUUAUGUACAAUUACUGGGUUAAAAGGGAGAAAAUAGCGAACUGGGGAGUACAAAGGUCUCUCCUCUGUAUUAUUAAUUACAUUGUUGCUGGUUCCCAAUGGUUUCACCCAUUAUCUGAAGGCAAAUUGAUAGGCUGUCUGUGAAACUGUAUUACAUGCUUGUAAGGUUCAUACGAUACAGUCGAUACUUAUAAUAAAUAGAGAAAUAAAUUCAAAUUGAAUAAGAAGUUGAAACCUUUGUCUA